AUGUUUCCACCACCAUUCGAAUUAAUUGAAUGUAUUGAUCUAUUUAAUAUACUCAAUGCUGAAAUUAAUGGAUUAGCACGUAUUAGUGAUAUUAAUUAUCUCUAUUUACUUGAUUGUCGAUCACGUAAAGAAUAUGAUGAAAGUCAUAUAAUAAGUGCUAAUCAUAUACGACGAAAUCAAGAUGGUCAAUAUGAAAUGCCAUGGCAUGCUGAUCUUGAAACACGUGAACAUAUUGUUCUCUAUGAUAGUCGAACAGAUAAUUUACCAUUAAAAGAACAAGAUGAUAUAUAUGUAUGUGGAAAUUUACUUCAUCAACAUGUAACUGGAUUGACAACUAUUAAAAUUGUUCAAGGAGGAUUUCAAUUAUUUUCAAAAUUAUAUCCAUUUUUACGUACACAUCAAUCUCUUUAUUCACCAAGAGAAUUAGAAUUAAUACAAACUUAUCCAAAUGAAAUAUAUCCAAAAUUAGUUUAUUUAGGUCGUCGUGAACAUGCUGUUAAUUCACAAAUAGUGAAAGAUUUAAAAAUUCGUGCUUAUGUUAAUUGUACAAAACAUGAAGAUUAUUUAAUACAAAAUAGUGAUUCACGAAAAUAUUGUCGUGUUCCAAUAGAUGAUGUUUAUGAUGCACAGAAUAUAUUUGACUUAUUACAUGAUGCUGUUAAUUUUAUAUCUGUAGCUUAUGAUCGUGGAGAUCCUGUUCUUGUUUAUUCCGAUCGUGGUGUUAGUCGAUCAGCAGCUGUUGUUGUUGCUUUUGUUUCAUUUCAAAUGCGAAUGAGUUCACAACAAGCUCUAAAAUAUGUUGAAGAACAUCGACCUAUACGUCCUCAACAAUCAUUUAUUGCUUCUAUUGAUAAAUUGAAUGAAAAAUUACAAGAAUUGAAAGAAGCUAUGUCGACUGCUAAUCAAACAUCAGUAACCGAUGAUGAACAAACAAGUUCAUGA